AUGACAACAGAACAGGGUACCCCAGAUCUCAUAACGCAGGACAGUCCCGCGGGACAUGAGUCCCCAACAAAGGACUUGUGCAGCAAAAUUAGGACAGUUGGCAAAUGGUGCAAGCUCCGUUCAAAGCCGGGGAGGAAGGAGAGGAGUGAGAUCCAAGUGUCUAUCCAGUUCACGAGAAACAACUUGACUGCCAGUAUGUUUAAUCUCUCUGUCAAGGACAAACCCAAGACACAAUUUGGGAAGCUCAAGGAUAAGAUGAAAGUCAAGAAACUCUUUGACAUGGAGUCCUCUUCCGCCAUCGUUCCAAGCAGCGUGGGCUGUCUUGAUAGUGACGAUGUGGAUGAACGAAAGCCAAAGUCCAAGGCGGCCUUUUUCUUAAAGGGACAUUUGCGCAAAAGCUCACUCACCAAAUCCAACACUUCUCUGAGCUCUGACAGCACCAUCUCAAAUGCAAGCUCUUAA